UAUACAAUAAUAGUAUGCAAUAUAUUAACAUGAUACAUAAUGAUAAUACACAAUAAUAAUAAUAAAGUUGUAUAAAUAAUCAAUUUGUAAUCAAAGUAUAGCCCCUGUAUCGUAAAACUAAUCUAUUACUUUUCCUGCUUAGUUUCUGUUUGCCGCUUGUUACUGGGCAUAAUUUUGUAGCUGCAUUUAAUUUGAGAAACAUCUUUCCUGUUGUGUUUUUAUUUCCCUGCCUUCUCUUGUGUUGUGAUGUGUUUCCUCAGCUCAUUAGUCUCCAGCGAGGGGCGGACACUAAGGCACACCUGCAACCUAUUUCUACCGAGGACUAUUUAAGCUCGCCUCCCACAGCUGGCUCUUGUCGGUUAAUUUAUCCUGCACCUUCCACAUGCACGCGCCUGCUUCGCCUCGUCAGUCCUGGUGAAACUGAAGCAACCCAUCACUCCGACAUUUCAGAAGAGUGGAGGAAGCGUCAACAUGCACCAAGACGAGGAGAGAAGUCACAGGAAGACGUGGCGGACACACGACCAAGGCUCUCCUGUCAUCAAACAGGUGCCGGAUAAACGGAGCUGUGAGUCUGAAAAACCCAGAAUCUGGCAUGCUCUGAGAAGAGGCUGGAAUAGCAACCGAUCCUCCGAACCUCCCCACAGUCGGAAAGAACCCCCUGAGCGUAGUUCUCGGACAAGGUCCGAGUUGUUCAAGGUGUUUGUCCCCCUGCGCAGGGCGAGCAGCGGGCAUCCGGUGGCGCCGCCGGCCCAACCACCAAGGCGUAACAGCCUCCAACCCUUGCACAUCCAGACCAGCUCCGCCGCCACCACCCUCGUCCCCCGCAACAAAGUGGGUUUCUCCUCCAUCACCAUCUCCAGCAGGAAAGUCGUCAGAUCUUCCAGUCUCACCACGUACGACCGCCAAUCUUCGCCUGGGGAGCUCAUGGACCGAACCUCCGGUGGAUUACAGAGGAAGCCCACCAUCGUCAAAGUGGUCGAACAGAGGACCACGCUCAGCCCCCGUCCGGCUUCUGUGGACACGGCGGUCCACCGGAGAAAGGCCGCUAUCAUUAAAGUCACCGAGCACAAGGGGAGCUACAGUCCAGCUAAGCAACCAGAGGACACAGACGGGUCACGGAGUCAAGGACGCCACCUAGAAACUAAUCCAGAGGUUCACGCGUCCACACUGAGACUUCUCGUCCCUCCUCCCUCGGAGCUCCCUGGACAAAAACCCAAGAGGCCGCUGAGCUGCCACGGCGAUGUCUUCCCACUCUGCGACAAGCCAAGCGAGGAGCCCGUCUCGCCGCCGCCGGCUGUCAGGAAAUGGAGCUUGGGGCUCCCUCAGGAGGCCGCGCAAUGCAACCCCGCCAACUGGGGCCCCGUCGGCCCGGCGAAAGGUGCAGGAGACGCCUGGAAGCUGAGGAAAGACGAGUGGAGGAGGUCGUCGCCGUGUCUCACGCUCAUUCAGACUCCCGAGCCUCAUCAGUCCCCGGAGGACGUCCUGGCCCUCAAUGCAGCCGCCAUCAUCGCCAACAUCAAGCUCCAGCGGCAGCUUAGUCAGAAGAAAACAUCACACCGCAAUUUGGAGGGUGAAUCCGCAGCCUCCCUCCAGGGAAAUCCAGACGGAGAAGAACACAAAAAGAAGAAUCCCGUCGACGGAAGCUGUGACAUUGAGCGAGACACACUUCCUGUCCCGCCCAGUCCUGACCUCCCAACACCAUGUGAGACUAUUUCUCUACAGGAAGCACUGAAGAGGUCCAGGCCACACUUCAUCACUCGCUCUCAGGAACGAGUGCAGCAGCUGGGACGUAGAGCCCAGGAGAGGAGGCGGCGAUCCAAGACCGCGGGCCCACAAACGCAUGCUCCUCGCAGGCAGAGAGGAGCCCAGAAGGCCUGGUCCACCAAUGGUCAUCUAUCCAAACCUACAGAGGGAGUCUCUGCUGCUGCUGGGAAAGCCAAAGAGCUCCGGACAAAUCGCCUUCUUACUGAGGUGAAGAAGAAAAAGGAGGAAGAGAAGAAGAAAAAGGAGGCGUGUUUGACCAAUAGACAGCGUGUGGAGCUUUUCAAAAAGAAACUGUUGGAUCAGAUUCUACACAGAAGCAGCAGCUGAAUGGCAGACAAAUAGGAAUGGAAAUUAGUUUAUGCAGAAAUAUAUAAGUUGUUUUUAAGUGAUAAUAAUAAAAAACCAAAAAUGGCAGUAUAUUUUAAUAAUGGGCAGCAGCAAACUAAAAAAACAUCAUAAUUGAAGUAUUUUAGCUUUCAGUUUUUGCUGUUUUCAUGCCAGAAAAUGUGAAUAUUCUGUCGUUUUUGUCUCAUUUUGACUCAAAAUGGAAUCGUGUUGUGGACAAAAGUGUCGGGUCAAAUGGCUUCGGUGGACUCGAGAGAGGCCCCGCUGGCUCCUGACGGGGCCCCUCCACACCAAACUCCUCCAAGCCGAAGCCAGCGUGCAAUCAUCAUGGAGUGCCAGCUAUUACUCGGCAAGAUGGCGGAAUGUGAACUCUUCUCCGCUCGCCAUGUUAAUGAACAGUGGACGCUUGAAUGGCGCCUUUGUCAAAGCACACACACACAAACACACAAACACACACACAUUCUUGUAUUCGUUACCUUCUUGAGACCUCUGAAAAAUGCCUCCCUCUUUAGGACCACCCUUUCUAGAUAUAUAAAGAUGUGUAUUUACAACAUUAAUAACAUAUACAUACUAUGCAAAUAUAACAAAGCUUGUUGUGAAAAAUGAGUUGGAAUUUUACAUGAAAAAUGUCACAAUUGCACAAGAAAAAACGUAACAUUUUGGCAGUAUUAUAAUAAAAGUCGUCAUUUUACUCAACGCAAGUCAAAAGUUUACAAGAAAAACUGAACACUUGUGCAAUAUUAUGAUAAAAGUUGGAAUUUUACUCAAUAACAGUCGUAAUUUUACAAGAAAAGCUUAAAAUGUUGGCAAUUUUAUGAAGAGUCGUGAUUUUACUCAACAAAAGUCACAAUUUUAUGAGAAAACUUUAAAAUGUUGGCAAUAUUAUAAUAACAAUCGGAAUUUUACUUGGCAAAAUUAUGACAAAAGUAAAAAAAAAUUCACUAUUUUGCAAGAACAACAAAAACAUUGGCAAUAGUGCGAUAAAAGUCAGAAUUUUAUAUGACAACUGUCACCAUUUUGCAUUAAACAUUUUACAUUAAAAAAGUCAUAAUGUUCCGAGAAAAUAUUGCAAUAUUACAGAAACAGAAAGAAUAUGAGAAAUUGUUCCCAAUUUUAUAAGAAAAAAGUCGUCACAUUGUAAGAAAAAGACUGCUUUUAGUAAAAAAAAAAUUAAAUUGAACUUUUUGUUUGUAAUUGGUUUUUAAUCUUUAUUAUUUACUUCAAGUUAUUACAGUAUGUCUCUUUAUAAAUAUUUAUUUGUAUUUUUAAUUUUUAUUAAUUUUAGCCAAAGGGGGUGCAUUUGACUUUAUUACACACACUUGUUAUUUCAUAUGUUGACCAGAGGAGGAAUACCGCUUGUCCCCUUUGGGGUCAAUUUGAAAAAUCCCUCCUUUUUGGGACCACCCUCAUUUUGAUAGAUUUCACCACCAGGGGUGCAAAUGAGACAUUAGAUGUUCUAUUAGAUGUAAUAGUUUUCUGUUUUGGGACUAUGAUUUAUGUCCUAACUUGUUCACACCUCCUCAUAUGGAAGCUACUUUUCCUUGUUGAUGUCUCAAGAAGGGUAGAAA